AUGUCGUCGAUUCCUUCAUGUGAGCGAACGCUGAGUCGAGCAAGUAUGGCAAGUGACCCUGGAGGGUCUAAUGGUGUACCCAGUCCCAGUACCAGCUCUGGCUCCAACAAUAUCAAGGUGAUUGCCCGAUUUCGGCCUGAAAACUCACUGGAGAAAUCAGAUCCGGACGCUAUCAACAUUGUUCAAUUCUUGUCGGACUCAACCUGCAAGAUUGAGACCAAAGAUUUCAAUGGUACAUUUACUUUCGAUAGGGUAUUUAAUAUGGACUCAGCUCAGCAGCAGGUUUUCGACUAUAGCUUAAGACCGACUGUUGAGGAUAUAUUCAAAGGGUACAAUGGAACCGUACUGGCAUACGGCCAAACAGGGUCGGGAAAGUCAUAUACUAUGAUGGGUCCAAGUAUAGACGAUGGUAAUUCCAGAGGUGCCAUUCCAAGAAUAGUGGACCUGAUAUUUGACACUAUUCAAAACUCUUCGUCUGAUAUUGAGUAUAUGGUACGAGUCAGUUAUAUGGAAAUAUACAUGGAGAAGAUAAAAGAUCUGUUAAACCCCACUAAUGACAACUUACCGAUUCAUGAGGACAAAACAAGAGGUGUGUACGUCAAAGGAUUAACGGAAGAAUACGUUAGUUGCGCUAAUGAUGUGUAUCAAGUCAUGAGACAAGGAUCGAGGAUCAGAUCUGUUGCUGCAACCAACAUGAACCAGGAGAGUUCUCGGUCACAUUCAAUCUUCGUUAUAGUUGUUUCGCAGAAGAAUAUUAUCACUGGUUCUCAGAAAACGGGUCAAAUGUUUUUAGUCGACCUUGCAGGUUCUGAGAAGGUAGGCAAAACUGGAGCGUCUGGCCAGACAUUAGAAGAAGCCAAAAAGAUAAAUAAGUCUUUGUCGGCACUGGGCCUGGUCAUAAAUUCUCUGACCGAUAGCAAAUCAUCACAUAUUCCAUACAGGGACUCCAAAUUGACCCGUAUAUUACAAGAAUCUUUGGGAGGUAAUUCUAGAACGUCACUAAUAGUGAACUGUUCGCCAUCUAGCUAUAAUGAUGCAGAGACUUUGUCUACAUUGCGAUUUGGUGUACGUGCUAAGACUAUCAAGAAUAAGGCCAAGAUCAAUGCUGAACUUAGUCCAACAGAGCUCCGACAAUUACUGCGACAAUCCCAGACGACCCUAGAGUCUCGUGUUCGUUAUGAGCAGAAAUUGGAAGCCGAGUUACUUUUGUGGCGGUCGGGAACUUCUCCUUCCAAAUCAGAUUGGACUGACUUGCUACCCUACUCUGUGCCCCAAUCUCCAAGAACUGGAUCUUCCAUGUCUUAUCGUUCAAGCUCAACAGUUACUCCCUUGAGGAGAGGAGUAGCUGCUAGACCUGGUCACAGGUCUACAAUGAGUAACGUUAGCACGCUCAAUGACGUUAGUUAUACAAUACCUAUGUCACCUACUCCCUCUGAAUUUGGAUUUGAAAACGAAAAUGAUAGCAUGAAUUUCCUGAAUAGCGAUACCCUUCAAGACCAAUUAACCGAAAAAGAUGCAAUUAUUGAGCAGCAAGAAGAGCUAAUCAGCAAACUUAAAGAGACCGUUCAACAAGUCGAGGAAUCACGUCAGCUAAUACUAGAAAUUGAUAAUCUUAAGUAUGACAAGAAAGAAUUGGAAAUCAAAAUAUGUGCCUUGGAGGACGAUAAUAAAGACUUAUCGACAAGGUUAGAUGUAGCCAUGAAGGAAGCACUAGAAUUAUCAAUAAAGAAUUCAGAAGUGGAUGAGAAGAGUGCUCCUUCAUCACCGAACUAUGAUACCAAGAGGCGAAAGAAAAUGAGCGAACUGUUGGGAGACAUGUAUACUGAUGAAGUCAGUAUCAGCAACGCUAGUCUCUUGGAACUAUUACAGCUAUCAGAAGAUUUACCAGAAAAAUCCCGCAUUCGCGCUAUAAGGGUUCUCAACAAUCUUUCAAAACAAAUGGACAGUUCAGAUCUGCCAGGGCCAGAGAGCUCAGCUACAUUUCCAGUAUCGCCCUCACCCUCCACAUUAUCUACAUCCUCAACGAGAACAUCUUCUGUCUCAUUCACACCUGCAACAUACAUUAUUGAUCUCUUGAAGCAAGAGAAUGAGCGAUUUAGUAGCAUUUUAUCGACUCACUCAGAGACAAAUGCCGAUAGCCUUUAUCAGGCCAAAUUACAGUCACAGUUGGAGACUAUUGAGCAACUGAUGAGUAAGGUAGACGUGCUGAACAGAGAGAAGGCGGCCCUACAGUCUUCUGUAGAGGAAUUAAAUGACACAAUACAGCUUCAGAAAACGAGUUCGGAGAAGACAGCUGCUUUACAAGCUCAUAUUGCACAGUUUGAAACGAUGAAGGCAUCGCUAAUGACAGAUCUACAAGACCGUUGUGAAAGAAUUGUUGAACUUGAGAUAUCCCUUGAUCAGGCUAGAGACCAGUAUAACUUGGCGCUUCGAAAUAGCAACAACAAGCAGCAGCAGAAGAAAAUGGCAUUGCUGCAACGGAACUUGGAACAGCUAACUAGAGUUCAAAGACAGCUUAUUGAACAGAACGCCCAGCUAAAGAAGGAGGUAGUAAUCGAUGAGAAGCUGUUGGUUGUACGAAAUGAGCGGAUUGAAGCUUUGGAAGAGUCACUUCGCAAGUCGGAACAGAUGGCGAGUGAAGAUCGGGAAUUAUUCGCAAAGAAUCUUGCUUUGUUACGAGAGCACUUAUCAGAUUUUAGGCCGAAACAAGAGGAGCUGUCGCAUGUUGUCAAUAUAGUAAAGCCACUUCGAGGAGGAGGGGGACGAGGGGUAGCUACUGGCAUAAAUGAUGGAAAUGAAACACCUCCUAAAGAGGGCAUUUGGACGCGGUUAAACCAUUAUGUAAAUUCGUAA